AUGUCGACUUCGGGAUAUAGCAGAGGUGAUGUUGGAACGUUAGGAAGGAGAGGAGCUUCGGACGCUAAUGCUGAUGAUGUAGUUUCUGAGAAGGAGGAAGGUUUAAAGUUGGACACUAAGAUAGUUAAUGGGGAGGCGGAGGAGGAAGAAGAGGUUAAUCCUUUGUAUAGGUGGGAGGCUAUUGUGAUGCCGAUAUUGUUUACAGCGCUAGCGAUAUUUACAAGAGUUUACAAGAUAGGACUGAAUAAUCAUGUUGUUUGGGAUGAGGCACAUUUUGGUAAGUUUGGUUCGUAUUAUUUAAGACAUGAGUUUUAUCAUGAUGUCCAUCCGCCAUUGGGGAAAAUGUUGGUGGGGUUCUCAGGGUAUCUUGCGGGGUAUAAUGGGUCGUGGGACUUUCCUUCUGGGGAGCAGUAUCCGGAGUAUAUUGAUUAUGUGAAAAUGAGGCUUUUCAACUCAAUGUUUUCGUCGCUAUGUGCGCCAUUAGCGUAUUUUACGGCGAAGGCUAUUGGAUUUUCUUUACCCACGGUGUGGUUGUUUAGUAUUUUGGUGGUGUUUGAGAAUUCGUAUGCUACUUUGGGGAGGUUUAUUCUUUUGGAUUCAAUGCUACUCUUUUUCACGGUGUGUUCCUACUAUACUUUUGUGAUGUUUCAUAAUGAGAGAAGCAGGCCAUUUGGCCGGAAAUGGUGGAAGUGGCUCCUAUUGCUAGGUAUUUCUCUAGGAUGCACGAUUUCCGUUAAGAUGGUGGGUUUGUUCAUUAUCACUCUUGUUGGUAUUUAUACUAUUGUGGACCUAUGGAAUAAGGCGGGGGACCCUGAGAUCGAUGUUAAAGACUUUUUAAAGCACUUUGGCGCCAGAGCAUUCUGCUUGAUUAUUGUUCCUAUCCUAUUGUUCCUCUUUUGCUUUAAGAUUCACUUUGACCUAUUGGUACGCUCAGGUACUGGUGAUGCGGUCAUGCCCUCGCUGUUCCAAGCACGUUUGGUCGGAUCAGACGUCGGAUUAGGCCCACGUGAUAUUGCAGUCGGUUCAUCUGUCGUUUCUAUCAAAAACCAGGCGUUAGGAGGCUCUCUAUUGCACUCACAUGUGCAAACUUUCCCGGAGGGCUCUAACCAACAGCAGAUUACUUGUUAUGGACACAAAGAUUCAAACAAUAAUUGGAAAUUUGAUAGAAUGAGGGGCUUAGAUCCAUGGAAUGAAUCUGUUGACACAGACCCCGAAUUUGUUCAAGAUAACCAUGUUUACAGGUUGGUUCAUAUCAACACUCUUAGAAACUUACACUCACACCAAAUUCGUGCACCAAUCACUAACUCAUAUUGGGAAGUUUCUGGUUAUGGCAAUAACGAAAUAGGUGAUCCUAAGGACAACUGGGUAAUUGAAUUUGUGGACCAACCCACAGAAGAAAAUAAGACGGUUUUGCAUACUCUAUCAACUUCUUUCCGAAUCAGACACAGCGAAAUGAACUGCUACCUAGCUCAAACUGGUGCUCAUCUACCUGAGUGGGGGUUCAGACAGGCCGAGGUAGCAUGUGUGCCUAAUCCAUUUAAAAGGGAUAAGAGGACUUGGUGGAAUGUUGAAACUCAUGAAAAUGACAAGUUACCUGCAAGGCCGGAAGGUUUCAGAUUCCCAAAAACCAAGUUUAUUAAGGAUUUUAUUCACUUAAACCUAGCAAUGAUGGCAACAAACAACGCAUUAGUUCCUGACCCCGAUAAGUUAGACGUAUUGGCAUCUUCUGCUUGGCAAUGGCCAUCUUUAAAUGUUGGAAUCAGAUUAUGUGGAUGGUCCGAUGAGCUGGUCAGAUAUUUCUUGAUGGGUUCACCAGCCUCCACAUGGCCAUCAACUUUCGCAGUAAUUAUAUUAAUUAGCAUGGUCAUUUAUUACUUGUUAAGAUGGCAAAGACAAUGCGUUAUUUUCCAGAGCCAUCAGGAUGCUAACUUAUUCUUAGUGGGCGCGUUAUACCCAUUGUUGGGCUGGGCCUUACAUUUCCUUCCAUUCGUAAUUAUGGGUAGGGUGACAUAUGUACAUCACUAUUUGCCAGCCUUAUACUUUGCGUUAUUGGGUUUAUCAUAUUUGUUUGAAGCAGGCAUGCAAUCAUGGAAGAAAUCUUCUUAUGGCCGUCUGGCGAGAAUUGGUGUCUAUGGAUUGUAUUAUUUCAUUGUAAUUUAUGGAUUUUACUAUUUCUUCCCAAUUUCUGCAGGUAUGUCUGGUCCAGUGAAGGAUUUUGAAUACUUGAACUUGUUGAAGACUUGGACCAUCGCUUAA